CUGACUAAAAAGGAAGCUCAUUCGCGUGCGGAGGAGCCGCUCUCCUGCAGAUCGGCGAUGGAGCAGCCCGUGCUGUGAGCCCCGAGCGAGGAGGAAGAGAGAAAAGGACCUCUGCAAAAGCGGAAGCUGCUCGGGGAAGAGGCUGGUCUGAGCAGGUGGAAACCAGACCUAGAGCCAACCGGCCAGGUCUGCAGCUUUGUUUUUCUGGACGAGAAGAAAGUACCUGAAGAUUGCCCUUUCCCGCAUCUCAAUUAGCGACGACUAUAUCCUCAUCAGAACGAAAGGACCAAGGGGAGGCAAAGACAGACCCUGAGAGCUGAAGCGAAAUCCUGGCUGUCUUUUUGCACGGACCAGAGUCAUCCUAAUUUCGAAGACACCCGGUUCAGGAGAAUUCCAGCUGGACCGGCGAAACUGCACUAUUUUUACACUUAAAUAUAUAUCUCCUCAAACGACACGGUCCUUGUUGGUAAGCAGAGGUGACAGGGAAGUGUCAGUAUAAAGGAGUAUUUUCAGUUGUCCCUUUUAUCUGCUUGUUUUGUCAGAGGUUAGGAGUGGUCCCGAUUUCGGAAAGGGGCAUUUAAAUUUGAAAAGUCUUUCCCUACCUCCGUGUAGUUAAACGCGCACGCGCUAAAAGACAGGUUGCUUUUGGAGGCUGGAAUCCUACCCUACUGAGAAAGAUGGAAAAAGGAGCAAGGCACCGAAACAUCGCGGAGAAGAACCACACUAGUGGGGGCGACUCGGAGGCCGAGCCGGGGGCCGGCUCCGGAGGGGGCAGGGUAGCCCUGAAGAAAGAGAUCGGAUUGGUCAGCGCCUGUGGGAUCAUCGUAGGGAACAUCAUUGGCUCCGGAAUCUUUGUCUCCCCAAAGGGUGUGCUGGAGAACGCUGGCUCCGUGGGCCUUGCUCUCAUCGUCUGGAUUGUGACAGGUGUCAUCACAGCUGUGGGAGCCCUCUGCUAUGCUGAGCUGGGGGUCACCAUCCCCAAGUCUGGAGGUGAUUACUCCUAUGUCAAGGACAUCUUUGGAGGACUAGCUGGGUUCCUGAGGCUGUGGAUCGCUGUGCUGGUGAUCUACCCCACCAACCAAGCUGUUAUUGCCCUCACCUUCUCCAACUACGUGCUGCAGCCGCUCUUCCCCACCUGCUUCCCCCCUGAGUCUGGACUUCGACUCCUGGCUGCUCUCUGCUUAUUGCUCCUCACAUGGGUCAACUGUUCCAGUGUGCGAUGGGCCACCCGGGUUCAAGACAUCUUUACAGCUGGGAAGCUCCUGGCUCUGGCCCUGAUCAUCAUCAUGGGGGUUGUACAGAUAUGCAAAGGAGAAUACUUCUGGCUGGAGCCAAAGAAUGCAUUUGAGAAUUUCCAAGAACCCAACAUCGGCCUCAUCGCAUUGGCUUUCCUUCAGGGCUCCUUUGCCUAUGGAGGCUGGAACUUUCUUAAUUAUGUGACUGAGGAACUUGUUGACCCCUACAAGAACCUUCCCAGAGCCAUCUUCAUCUCCAUCCCACUGGUCACAUUUGUGUAUGUCUUUGCCAAUGUCGCGUAUGUCACUGCAAUGUCACCCCAGGAGCUGCUGGCAUCAAACGCAGUCGCCGUGACUUUUGGAGAGAAACUCCUAGGGGUCAUGGCCUGGAUCAUGCCCAUUUCCGUUGCCCUGUCCACCUUUGGAGGAGUUAACGGGUCUCUCUUCACCUCCUCCCGGCUAUUCUUUGCUGGAGCCAGAGAAGGCCACCUUCCCAGCGUGCUGGCCAUGAUCCACGUGAAGCGCUGCACGCCGAUCCCAGCCCUGCUCUUUACAUGCAUCUCCACCUUGCUGAUGCUGGUCACCAGCGACAUGUACACGCUCAUCAACUACGUGGGCUUCAUCAACUACCUCUUCUAUGGGGUCACGGUUGCUGGGCAGAUAGUCCUUCGUUGGCAGAAGCCUGACGUCCCUCGCCCCAUCAAGGUCAGCCUGCUGUUCCCCAUCAUCUACUUACUGUUUUGGGCCUUCUUGCUGAUCUUCAGCCUAUGGUCAGAGCCGGUGGUGUGUGGCAUUGGCCUAGCCAUCAUGCUGACAGGAGUACCUGUCUAUUUCCUGGGUGUUUAUUGGCAAAACAAGCCCAAGGGCUUCAAUGACUUCAUUGAGUUACUGACCUUGGUGAGCCAGAAGAUGUGUGUCGUCGUGUACCCAGCACAGGAGGGAGACUUGGGGAUGGAGGGUAUAAGUGAGGACCUGGAGGGGCAGCGACAGUCCGUCUACCAGCCGGCACCUACCAAGGACCAAGACUCAGAGGAUCAGCUGCAGGCCUAAGGACUAUCCUCCCCUCAGCUAUCUCUACCCUCCUUCCUCCCUGUUCCUGCCUUGCCUCCCUGCCUGGGCCCCCCAACACAAGCACGCACACACCCACCAGCAGGAGUAGGAUCUGGGUGUUAGGGAUGAGCAGUUAUAAACAAAAAUACUGACAUCUGUGCCCAAAGUACCAGUCUCUCAUACCAGGGCCAUGCCCAAGCCCCCACACAAGGGCUGCCCACACUCUGAGCACUACAGGAGAGUGGAGAUGCCAAGGGUUUCCUACAGCACUUCCCAGGCCUCCACCCUCAGUGCCUCCUAGGAAGCUGAGGUUGCUAUUGCCUUCCCUCCCCAUGCCUGAGCCUGAGGGGCCCUCAGUUUAGACCGAGGAGGCAGACAGACUGCACAAAUCCAUUACCACUGAAGGUCAGCUGGAGAGACCCAAACCCUCUUUCUUGACCCCUUCACCCAAAAUAGAGGCGAUACGUCCCUCUUUCCUCUUCCAACCCUGUGCUACCACCUCCACCACCAUCCGCCCUGGCUUCCUGCUGGAGAAAGGCUACUUUCAGGACAGCUCCUCCAAGAGGGGUGGGAGGAGGAGGAGGAGGAGGAGGAGGAUGUCAACCACCAAGGACCCUGGACCCAGCCCCAAGCCAGGCCUGUGGGAAAGGCUCAGAUUGCAGCAGCCCAGCCCUGCCCCCCUCCUGCAUCCCACCUACCAAUGUGGUGCCAAAGCUUCCUGAAGCCAGAAAGCCUUCUUCCUUCCAGCA